AUGGUAAAAUGGUGGCCAAAUGGUGGUCCAAGCAAUAUUUCAAGUAGUAGUUCAAAUGGUGGUCCAAGCAAUGUUUCGGGGUCGUGGCUCAAAUGGGGUUCAAGCAAUAUUUCAAGUAGUGGUUCUAAUGGUGGUCCAUGCAAUAUUUCAAGUCGUGGUUCAAACGGUAACCCAAGUAAUGUUUAA